AUGGCUGAUAUUCUUGCAAUGAACUUAACAAAAGCUAUUCACGAUGUUGGAAAUGUACCGCAUCGACGAUUAACCGAUUUUCUACUGGAUGAAGCCAGAUAUAGUAAACGUAUUCGACCAGUAUACAAUCACUUAAAUCCUACUCAUGUGCAUAUAUCAAUGAGUUUAUAUCAAAUUAUACAAAACGAACCAGAACAAAAUAUUAAGAUGAACAUUUGGAUGAUUCAGUCCUGGGUUGACGAGUUCUUAGGCUGGAAUCCGGCCGAUUUUAAUGGUAUUACAUCAUUGAUUCUUCCACAUAACUCAUUAUGGAUACCAGAUACGUAUCUUUAUAAUAGUGUUGUAAUGGCUCAUGAUGAGACAGAACGUUACAUGAACAUCAAGCUGGAUACUUUGUUUAACGAAGGAAAAGUUGGAGCUAAAGUUUCGUUUUUAUACCCAGCAAUUUAUACAGUAACCUGCUGGAUGAAUGUUCGUUACUUCCCUUACGAUUUACAGAACUGUACGCUAGUUAUUGGGUCGUGGACGCAUGAUUCUUCAGCACUCGACUAUAGCGCAGACCUCGAAGUCAAUAUGGCACCGUAUAUAGACAAUGAAGAGUGGAAAGUGGAGAAGUUUACUACCUAUCGACAUGUUACUAAAUACAACUGCUGUCUAAGACCAUGGAUUAUUCUGCGGGCUCAUUUAAUUAUCAGACGAAAGCCACUAUAUUAUUUAGUAAAUCUGAUCAUACCAACAUCAAUAAUUACUCUUGUAUCAAUUAUGGGAUUUUUCACUCCUGCAUCAACCGAGGAUGACAGAAAAGAAAAAAUUAACCUUGGAAUUACGACACUGUUAGCAAUGUCCAUUUUGAUGCUUAUUGUUUCUGAUUCAAUGCCAACAACUUCUGAAUUUGUGCCACUGAUAGCCUGGUUUUACUUGUCCAUUAUUAUGAUUAUUUCUGUCGGCACAUUUUUGACUACAAUAAUUCUUAGUAUUCAUGCUAAGAGGACGUCUUGCAAACUACCGCCGCCGGCAUGCCGAAGUUUAAUGUUUGGUUACGUUGCCUGUUGGGUGUAUGUGCAUCCACCUCCAGCACUGGCAUCUUUAUGGAAUGAACUUGAUGUAUCAUUUUUUGGAAAUUUAGAAGAUAAAAGCACAACUCCUCCGGUUAAAAACCCUUUGACAUCAACGGUUACUCAAACUUCGCCGCUGACAGCAACUCCUGCAUCUAGAAGUUCACGGGGAAUGUGGGGUAACGCGAUUAGUUUAGCAGGUUUUAAGGCUGCUCCAUCUGCCUCUUCUAAACCAUCGAAGGUAACUUCUUUUUAUAAUCUGCCUAAUUCUUACCACUACCUUAUCAUGUAUGUGGACAAUUCUUCUGAAAAUAAAACUAUGUUAAUGAAACAGCGACGGCAAUGUUCAUUGGAAUGGGAAUUUUUAGCCACAGUACUUGAUCGUGUUUUUUUAAUUAUAUUUUCACUUGCUGUCAUUUUUGUUACUGCAGCAUUGAUGCUAAUUGGGACAUUUGCGCAUCGGAAUGUCACCUGA